AUGACGUUUGCAGCUGAUAGAGAUCUUGAAGUUGGAACAACCAGUAGCCCCAAACUGCUUAAAGCAAUCCAAAGGUCUAGGAUUUCUGUCAUCGUUAUGUCAGGGAGCUAUGCAUUUUCGGGAUGGUGUCUUAAUGAACUGCUUUGCAUCAUGGAAUCAUGGAGAAGGGAAGAUAGAUUGGUUUUGCCAAUAUUUUAUAAUGUCGAUCCAUCUGACGUCAGGAAACAGAAGGGUGGUUUUGGUGAGGCACUAGAGGAGCAUCAUCGUUCCGGUCGGAUAGAGCAAACAACAAUGCUCAAGUGGAGGGAGGCUCUCACUCAAGUUGCCAAUAUAUGCGGCUGGGAUACCAAAAAAGAGAGGCACUCAGAGUUAGUCUAUGACAUUGUAAAGUCUAUCCAAAGUAAAGGACUUCCGACAAGGCUGAACAUUUCCAUCUAUCCCCUCAGAUAUGAUACGUGUGAUGAAUAUCUCAAAGGUUUUUUGCAAUUAGGAUCACAGGAAGUUGUUAUAGUAGGGAUCUGCGGACCAGGCCAAAUGGGAAAGAGAGCUAUGGCCAGAGUUAUGUAUGACCAAAUUCUACAAAAUUUUGAUGGUGGCUGCUUCCUCGCAGAUGUUGGCCAAAGAUCAAAUCAACCCAACUAUCUGGUUCAUCUACAAGAAACACUUCUUUCUGAAAUUCUCUCAGAGAGGAAUGUAAAGAUCUCAGAUACUAGAAUGGGAAUAGAUCUGAUUGCACAAAAUUUGUGCUCCAAAAGGGUUUUAGUUGUUUUGGACAAUGUGGAUCAUUUGAGUCAAAUCUAUGCACUGGUUGGAGAUUGCAAGUUUUUCGGUCCGGGAAGUAAAAUCAUCAUAACGACUAGAGAUGUGCAACUGCUAAACCUGUUUGGAGUGGACCAGUUCAUUUUGGCUCAUGGCCGUCCUCUGCCAGAAAAUGUUGGGGCCAUCUGGGAGCCAUAUCAGCGAAGUCGUUGCAUAGUUGCAGGAAUCAAGGAGUACAUUGAGACCUUUAAUCAACAGAGACGAGAGAGGUUGAAGCACCUUCAAGCUGUUUUUCUCCAAGAGCGCCAGAAAAACGCAACUCAGGAAAGAUUAAUUUUAGAGAGUUGCUUGAAUUCCAUGGUGAGGGCUGACGCAGACGGAUUUGAUCGGAUUGAUAAAUUAGGUUUACCAGCAAUAAACCUAGCAAAAGAGUUCUGGAGUCCACCAGAGAUAAAAGAGAAUAAUCUCAAUUUAUUGAUAAAAGAUGAAAAGAUAGGUUUGCCGUCGCUUAAGGCGGCUUAAAUAAGAGAAAAUAAACCCU